AUGAAGGACCACAUGGGAAACCCGCUUCAUCUCAAGUCUUUGAAUCAUAUCUCCCUUUUGUGUAGAUCAGUUGAGGAAUCCAUGAAUUUCUACCAAGAUAUUCUUGGUUUUGUGCCAGUAAGGAGGCCAGGAUCUUUUGACUUUGAUGGGGCAUGGCUAUUUGGUUUUGGAAUUGGAAUUCAUCUAUUGCAAUCAGAAGAUCCAGAAAAGAUGCCAAAGAAAGGUGAAAUUAAUCCCAAGGACAAUCAUAUCUCUUUCCAGUGUGAGAGUAUGGGAGCAGUGGAGAAAAAGUUGAAAGACAUGGGAAUUCAGCACGUGCGAGCAUUAGUAGAGGAAGGUGGGAUUCAUGUGGAACAGUUGUUCUUUCAUGACCCAGAUGGAUUCAUGAUUGAGAUUUGCAACUGUGAUAAUCUCCCAGUGAUCCCUCUGGCCGGCGAAGUCGCACGAUCAUGCUCUUGCUUGAACCUUCAAACGAUGCAGCAGAUGCAGCCAAUGGUCCAGCGGGAGAGGGCAAUUUAG